AUGGAUUCUUCAAUAAAGGAAGUUUGCAAUUCUGUUAUUACAAAACUGCUUGAAACUCAUAAUUCUGACUCAAACACGGAGAAAAAUGAUUUUGUACAAUGUGACAAGGCCACGAUCUAUUUACUUUAUCAAUGCCUCAAAGAUGUAUUUUGUGUUGCUUCUGAAGAAAUUCCCAUGAUUCUAUUAAAGGCAACUUCUUUAGUUGAUUACGCAGUAGAAAAGCUGCAUGCAUAUCCAUACAAGGAUGUACCGCUUUCUUGGAGACGGCUGUAUACCGACGCCGGUCUGCUAAAAAGUGUAUGCGAAAUUUUUUUAGUACUAAAUGUCGAGGAUAAAAACUCAUGGAAACAAGUUAUAAGAACUUUAGAUAUGGCUUUGGUGAUGACCGGUGCACCUGGAGACAAUAGGAAAGAGAUGCUUUUCAACCUCAUUGAAGAAACAGAGAAAAUCUUAAGAAAACUUGAACAGAUAGAUGACCAAUUUUGCAUUCAAUUUACGUCACCUAAACGUACUAUGGAAGACAAUUCGAUAAAAAAUAUAGCUCAUAAAAAGUCCAAAACUGAAAUGGAUAGAGUUAGCAUACCAAUUAUAAAUAAUCCGUUGCCAAAAAUAUCACAACCCAGUUUAGUUACUUUUGCAUCGCAUAUUACGUCAGUAAAUCCCACUCCUUUUAUAAUUUGUUCCAGUAUAUCAGAUUGGCCAGCACUUUCGACAAGACCUUGGAGCAAUCUCGAUUAUCUUUCGAAUAUAAUCGGAAAAGAACGAAUAGUCCCUGUAGAAAUUGGAGCCAAGUAUACUGACGAAACAUGGACACAAAAAUUAAUGAAUUUUGGCGAAUUCAUUGAAAAAUGGGUUAAAAAUUCCACCAAUGAUGGUGUUGAUAUCGCUUAUUUAGCUCAACAUGACUUGUUCGCGCAAGUUCCGCGCUUAAAAGAUGAUAUUGUAGUUCCUGAUUAUUGCUUUGUAGAUACCAAGCCAUUUAUCACGAGCAUUGGGAAAGAUGACGAUUCUAGUUACGGAGAUAUCCAAUAUUCUCCACCUCAAGAAGUUAUCAUAAAUGCUUGGUUUGGACCUAAGGGAACUAUUUCACCAAUGCACACGGAUCCUUAUCAUAAUCUUUUGGCUCAAGUUGUUGGACAAAAAUAUAUUAGAUUAUAUUCACCAAGUGAAACUCCUAAAUUGUACUCUUUUGAACAGGAUGGUCUUUUAGGUAACACGAGCCAGGUUGAAGUUGAGAACCCUGAUAUUGAACGAUUUCCACUAUUUUCUUCUGCAUCAUAUCAAGAAUGCAUUUUAAGACCUAGUGAAUUAUUAUAUAUUCCUAAAGAAAAUAAUCCUGGAUAUGGUUUUUGCUGA